AUCACAACUAUGGACACAACAAAUAAAGGAAGAUCAUCGCGAAAAUGUCUCAAAAUAUGUUGUGGUGUGACAGCAGCUGUAAUUGUCAUUUUUAUAGUUGUUUCUAUAAUCUUAUAUUUCACCGUCUUUAAGUUAAAAGACCCACAAAUCAUAGCACACCCAACAAACCUUGAAAACCUUCAAGUCCAAAUGUACCCAAAUAUAAGCAUAAACGCGACAAUAGUUCUAACCUUGACCAUAGAUAACCGAAACUAUGGAGGCUUUAUUUUCAAGGACUCGAUUGCAAACGUGUAUUAUCGUGAAAUGUUAAUAGCCGAGAUCCCAGUUGAGCAUGCUGAGGUUCCGGCCCGUGGUAGUUUAACCAUGACAAGUCGUGCAAACAUUACUGGUGGUAAAAUGGCAACUGAUCCUAAUUUUUAUAUCGAUAUCGGAACAGGUUUUCUUAAUUUUACCUCAACUUCGGUAAUGCAUGGGAAAGUUAAAGUUUUGAAGAUUGUGAAAGUGGGAGCAAAGGUUGAUAGUUUUUGUGAUAUCUCGGUCGACAUUUUGAAGCAACAAGUCGACCCGAAGUGCCAUUCCAAAGUCCAGUUUUAAAAGUAUGCAUGCCACUUGAUAAUUAAUCAUUUUCAAAAACAUAAAUUUGGCUUCAAUUCUUUCGGUAUAUUUUUACAUAUGUAUCGUUUUUUAAAAGAAUACUACUAUGUUU